AAAAAGUAAAAUGCGGAAAGACCCGUCGUUUAAUCCAACGGGUCUCCACUUUCAUUCAUUUGCCCCCCAAACCUUCGCUAAACUGCUAAACCAAAAUUCACCCUAUUGUGUUUGCCUCUUUCUUCUUCCUUAGAUUCAAGAGCUAGGUUUCAGGAAAGACAACCAUUGGCGAACUCAUGGACGAACUCACCACCACCGGCGAAUUGCACUACCACCGGAGAACUACCGUACCAUCGGCGACCUCACCAUCGUUGCUAGCGAACUACAAAUUUAGGUUACUUCAAUAGAAAAGGCUGAAUAUGAGAAAAUCUUAAAAGGCGCUGACAACAGAAGAUAGUACCAAUCUGUCUCGUUCGGCAAAAGGCUACAAUCAUAAGUUUGCUGGUAUUGCUAGUUUCUUGAAUCCAAUCAUCCAUUUUACCUAUCAAGGUGUGAUUUCUUUAACUAGCUUAGGUGAGCAAAAUCUUCUGACCUUCGUUCUCCUCUUUCAUUCUAAUUUACUAUAAUUUUAUUUCAAGAGCGUAGAAUGGCUGACCGGUUUAGAUUGCAUGUUAAGGGAGGUGACAGUGGAAGUGGGAAUGGAAGUUUGUGACGUAGUUGAACUGAUCGGUAUGGCAAGCCUGAUGAAUGGACGAUGGGGUGGGCAUGGUACUUCAAAGAAUAAGAUCGGCAGCCGUGGAGAAGACAAGGUUGUGCAAGUUCCUGUUUCUACUGCUAUCUAUUUUGUGGAGAGUGAAAUCCCUUCAAUAGUGGAGAAGUCAUCUUCUGUGAUUCACCCUUGGGAUCUUCCAGGUAUUUUUACUUCUGAUCUCCUUGCAUCUGAUCAGCUAUCCACUUUUAGUUUGUGGGAGCCGGAUAUGGAUUAG